GAUGUAACACACAGAAGAUUCCGGACUACUAAAGGUCGACACCACUAGCUGCUAAUCAGAAGCGUCUAGUUUUAACAGCCAGAAAACUCACAAAUAAUACUAAUAAUUUAAAAAUGCCGAGAGGAAGCAGAAGCCGGACAUCCCGGAUGGCCCCUCCAGCCAGCCGGGCUCCACCAUCACCACCACCUAUGGCCAGGGCUGCACCCCCUCCCUCCUACGCCCCGGCUCCAACGCAUGCUCCUCCGUCUGCUGUGGGUGCUCCAGCUGCAGCACCCAGGCAGCCCGGUAUGUUCGCCCAGAUGGCAACGACAGCCGCUGGCGUGGCGGUGGGCUCUGCAGUAGGACACACCCUCGGCCACGCCAUGACUGGAGGCUUCGGUGGAGGGGGCUCGGAGCCUGCCAAGCCUGACGUAACGUACCAGGAGCCGUACCAGCAGCAGCCGCAAUCCAUGUACCAGCAGCAGCCAAUGUACCAGCAGCAGCCCAUGUACCAGCAGCAGCCGCAGUCCAUGUUCCAGCAGGAGGCUCCUCCACAGGCCUGUUCAUAUGAGCUGAAACAGUUCAUCGAGUGUGCCCAAAACCAGAGCGACCUCAAGCUCUGCGAGGGCUUCAGCGAGGUGCUGAAACAGUGCAAGUUCUCUAAUGGUCUGUCAUGAGACAGAGACAAAAACCUGAAGAGUGAAAAUCGCACACACACAGAAGCAACCACGCUGGAUGAAUAUUAGGAGUUAAUUAAUAAAAUCAAUAAACAUGCUUUAAUUUGACAGUUUAUUUUCAUCAGACUUGUGUUCAUUCUCAGGACAGUUUGUAAUAAUAGUGUUAUAAAUACUGUUUAUAUAUUUUGCUGCAUGUUGAUUUCAGUUGUCAGUUGUUUUUUUUUAGUUUCAGUGCAUUUUGAUUUAAAUUUAACUCCAUUUGUAGAUCAUGGUAACUUGUAGGACCUCCAGGUUCCACCUGUCUGGAGUAUGGAUGGCUGCAUUCUGUUUGCAACAUGUUUAGAUUUCAAAAUAAUAAAAAUAAUAAAGCACUUAAUUUAUCAAA